GCGUUCUGAGAUAUACAAGACAUUAAUGAAAAUGGUAGUAGUUAGCACUAAAAAAAAACUACUGAGUUUCACAGUUCACUGAUUUCUCAUUGAGGCCACAUUUGAAUAAUCUCUUCUCUGGUUAAACUUUGUUUCUCUUCCUUUUGACACUCAGUUGUAAUGAAGAACAAAACCAGUUACAAUACUGUCUCUUCUCAUCCAGGCCUGCGAUGGACGAUCACAACACAACCUGCCCGGAUCCCAACUUCUGCUAUGACCGGCUGAUCAAACGAUGCUAUAGCUGUAAACGCAUGCAAAGAGGAUCCAGGAAAGAGACAAUAAUCAUCAUGGCAAUAUUAUGGCUUGUAAUCCUGAAACAAAGACGGAAGAGAAGGAGAAAAACUGGAAAGGAGAAUUCCCAAGAAAAUGGCAAGUGCGCUUGUAUUUUGGCCAAUGAAGCUCAAACAAACCAUGACUGCGAACCAAGAGACAAUGACCUUGGACAGCUUCAAUGCCCACAUUUAAAUGCUGUUACUAUGAUCACCCAGGAUGAUGUCUUAAAGGAGAAUAUUCCCUGUGUUGCUUUCACAAGAAGUCAGGAAGUGAUUACCUCGUCUCCCCAUGAUGAAAAAUGCAACUCCUUAUUUCCACUGCCAGCAACUGAAUUUGGAGCAACUAUGCUGGUGACUACAAAGACCAUUCAGGAGGACAUCCUCAGUAAGGAGUUGCCAUAAUAAUUCCUUUAAAAGGGCUUAGAUUAGCAAAUGCAAUCUCUCAAACAUUAUAUGGCUCAUUAUUAGAGGCAGGUCGAUUCAUCUUGGUGUAACUAUAAUUUGGGAAAUAACAAUUUUUACUUUUAAUGAAUUCAUCUCUUCCAAAAUGUCCAGCUAUAACUAUGGUGAAAUGAGAGGACAUACCACACCCAAUCCACCAAGAUCAGAGAAUCUUAGAAAAAAAUCAUGUUCAAGGGAGUAAAAUAAUCUUGCUUUAAUUUCUGCAUCCUGAAACUCACUCAGUAAGAUUCUUGUAAGUUAUUGUAUUUGCUAUAGUUAAAAACAAAAAAACAAAAAAAUAACCUUAUACAUGAAAUAAGUAAAUAGAGUAAGAGUGUAAGUGAAACAAUUUCAAUGACUAAGAGACAUGUUUAAGCUAUUGUAC